GCGAUAAAUAAUGACGUUGUUUAGUCUGCGAUGGAAGUUUUGUCUUCUCUGCUGUCUUUUAGCUUUGUCAGCUUACUGCGAAAAGCAACCCAGUAAUCGAACAUAUAACGUGUGUAGUUUUGUACGGGAGGGACAAAGAUGCGACUUCAAAAAGUUCGAUUCAAGCGGAGACGAACCAUGCAUCAUCGGAAGAAAGGCUGGUUUGACAAGAAUAAAUGGAGUUAAAGUUGGUCACAUUGAAGAUGUUGAUCUUGGUGAUAUUGUGAGAAAGCGUAGAACAAGUGCUAUGAAGCCUCUUUUGUUUGAAAUUCCGAAUUUUCUAUCUGAUGAAGAGUGUGACCACAUGAUUGACCUUGCGGAAAGGGAACGCUUUGUUACCAGUACAGCUAAGGGAGGACUGCAGUCCUGGAGUGAAUUUGAAAUCCCUGACAUCAGAAAUGGACCGUUGCAUGUUGAUUAUUUUCAAUAUUUGGAUAGGGACAAAAAUGGAAAAAUAACUAUCGAGGAGUCUGAUCUACUUGCUGGUAUGUUUGUUUACUUGCUUGCUUGCUUACAGCUCCAUAAUGUGAAUAUCACGGAAUUAGACGACGGAUUUGCUACAAUUGAUGAAUUCAAAACGAUGAAUUCCCUUGGGUUAACGGAUUUGAUGUCAGCAAUGUCAAUGUCACACCCGCUUCACAGGCCGCGGUACAGUGAUCAGACUUGGGUCAACCAGAGAGCUUUGGACGAUCCAGUUUUAAACAAAGUGAUAGAAAGAGUUGUAGAACUCACCAGGCUCUCUCGAGAAAUCAUCUAUGGCAGUGAGAGGAUUCAGAUCGUCCGUUAUGGAAAACAUGGUCAUUACCAUGCACACUUUGAUUCUGAGACGGACAAAAGAACAGACAAAAGGUGCUGCCAGCUUCAUGAAGAUGUGGUGCAAGCCUUUAAUAAAGAUGAAGGCUGUAGGCUUUGCAGAUACAUAACAAUUCUCUUCUAUCUCAAUGACGUCGAGGAAGGAGGAGAAACUGCUUUCCCUAUGGCCGACAAUGUCACUCUUAGCAUGGAGUAUCUGACUUCAAGUCGUGGUGAUGUGGACUACUUCAACCUUAGCCAUAACUGCCACCAGGGUCUGGCGAUCAGUCCACGAAAAGGAACAGCAAUAAUGUGGUAUAAUCACUUAUUAGACGAUGAAAGCGGUUGGAUGGGUGCCAGAGACGAUUUUAGUUUACACGGUGGUUGUGAUAUAAAGAAGGGAGAGAAAUGGAUCGCUAAUCUAUGGAUAACUGCGCCUUACAAAGAUGGAGCUCACAUUCCUAGUUCCUGGCUUAGAAAGUUUGAUGUUAUAUAGAGCUGAUAACAUUAUCAGAGAGAUCGCCCCCUUUUUUUGGAAUUAGACAGAAAGUGUCCGAAUGCCUUAUUUUGUCUUCGUAUAUUUCUUAGUCUCUGGGAUGAUAUUUUAAACAUGGGUCACAGAGCACGUAAAAGGACCGCUCGUAGUCAUGAGUAUAUAGGUCAAUUUUUUACCUUCGUAUAUUCAACAACUGUUCCAUGAACGCCGAGUUGGCUAUAACCAAUCUACGAUCCAACAAGUGCGAAUGGAAUAUACACGCGAAAUUGGUUUAUUAAAUGUCAUUAAAUCCUGAACGUAUGGAAAUUUGGAGCUUUUUUCAGCUCCGCAACAGUUGGUGCAAUGCAUUUACAAGGUGACUGGGAGUCAGUAAGCCGAUAACCGUAGUUGAGUGAACCAGUCAUAACUUUGGAAAUGCAAUUUUCGGAGGUUAAAAUUUAAUAAAUCUAAGUAUACGUCAAUUGCAGUGAAGAAGCCUUUGGUUUAUAUACUUUGAUUGGGAAAAUGUUUCGCAGUCCCAACUGAUUAAUUUUCAAAUUAAAUGUACCUUUGUUCGACAGCCUGGGAUGCGAUACGACGGAUGCCAACGUUAAAAUCGAAGUAAACUACACUUUCAUUAAAGCUCGGUUUGUGACGAUGAUACGGUUUAUGGUUAAUCAUGACGGUGUAAGCGAUGAUACAUUUAGGCUAGUGCAGUUUACAAUUUACUAAAAGACAAGAUUACCCUGACGGAUACGCUUUCACAAACUAGUGAAAAGAGAUAUAAAAAAUAAAGGAAAGUACAAUGAUUAACAAAGAAAAAAAAGCAUUAAUUUAUUACACGUGCACCCUUACCUGAUGACAUCUGCACGUGAAAUUCGUUGGUAGCACUACAGUUUUCGUUAAUUGUAUGAAUAAUUUGCAGUUAGAACACUCCACCAUUAUAGCUAGGUUACAGUCGCAUUAUAUAUAUAGACAGGGUUAAAGAAUAACAAGCUUUAUUACACGACUCGGGCGGUCAGAGGGCCAAUAAC